AUGUUUACUGACGAUGAAUUUCCAGCUGAACUAAGAAGUAUUGGUAAAAUUGAUAGUAUUUUACCAUCUUCAUUAACAUUUUUAAGACCAAAUGAAUAUAUGGAACAUCCACAAUUAUAUGAAAAUGGAAUUGAGCCAUUAGACAUUCAACAAGGAUGUCUUGGAGACUGUUACUUUUUGGCUGCUUUAGCUUCUUUAUCAGAAUUUCCUGAAAGAAUUAAAACUAUGAUCAAGUCAUGUGGAAAUGGAAAAUAUGAAAUAACUUUUUUCUAUAUGGGAAAAGAAAGACAUAUUGUUAUUGAUGAUUUAAUUCCUUGUAAUAAUGGCCAACCAUUUUUUAGCCAUAAUAAUGGAGAUGAAUUAUGGGUAAUGUUAUUAGAGAAGGCAUACGCUAAAGUUGUUGGUAGUUAUGGAGAAAUUGAAGGAGGAAUUCCAUUCUUAGCUUUAAGUGAUUUAACAGGAAUGCCAGUAAAACGUAUAUCUACUAGAGAAACAGAUGUUAAUCGUUUAUUUAAAAAAAUUGCAGAUUAUGAUAAAAAGAAAUAUUGUAUGGUUGCUAAUGUACCUGAUACACCUGGUAUUGAUCUUGAAAAAGAAUAUGGAUUAGUAGAAAAUCAUGCAUAUACACUCAUUGGAGCUUAUGAAGUAGAUGGAAUUAAAUUAUUGAAAAUUAGAAAUCCAUGGGGAUGUUGUGAGUGGAAAGGUAAAUGGAGAGACGAUGACCCUGCUUGGACAGAAUCAAUGAAAAAGAAGUUAGAAGUUGUUGAAGCAAAUGAUGGAAUUUACUUUAUGGAAAUUGGUGAUUUUGUUAAAUUCUUUGAUGAACUCACUGUUGUAUUUUAUAAAAAAGAUUGGGAAUGUUUCAAUAGUGUUGAUGUUGAAAUGACUGAUAAACAAAUGGCUAUUAAUUUUGAAGGAAAAGGUGACUGUAUUGUUUCAAUAUCACAACCUCGUUGUGAUAAUAAAAUUGCAUUUAGAAUGUGGGGAAUAGAUGAUAAUGAACAACCAAUUGGAGGUGAUUCUGGAGAGACUUUUGUUAUUUCAUCUAAUUUAUGUGGUAAAAAGAUGAAGUUAGGAAGUGGAAAUCAUAAAAUGAUUGUUGAAACACAUCAAAGUUGUGUGAGUAAAUUACCAUUUAAGUUUACUCUUUCUUUUAGAUCAGAGAAUAAUAUUAAAAUUGGUGCUGUUGUUGGUAUUCCAGCUACAGAAAAAAUUAAUUAUAUAACAAAAGAGUCUUCAAAGAAUGCAGAAAAAUGUAAAGCAUGUGGAGCACCAUUACCAGCAAAAGGAAUAGCUAAAACUAAAAUUGGAUCAUUCCAUUUAAAGUGCUUUAAAUGUGAUAAUUGUGGUAAACAACUUGGAGGAAAAUUUGGGUUAAGAGGUCAAAAGAAAUUAUGUUCAGAUUGUGUGGCAAAAAAAUAA